AUGGCCGUUGUUAAUGCUCGACGCUUGUAUAAAUCUUGUAUCGAUGAAGCAAGCAUUGAAGCUGAUGGUGUCGAACCAAUAUUUGCAUUGGUCGAUACAGAAUUCGGUGGAUGGCCCAUCUUACAAGGUCCCUCAUGGGACAAUUCCACGUUCGAUCUAUUGAAUCUAUUACUCAACCUUCGAAAAUACAGUAACAGUCUCUUUUAUCGUGUCGGCACAUCGACAGACGAAAAAAAUUCCACUAACUACGACAUUGAAAUAGGACAAGGUGAUCUUGGCUUAAGAGAAAGGGAGUAUUACAUUCAGGAGACUAAUAUUACUGUGGCCUAUCGACGAUUCAUGCGAGAUUUGACGACAGCUCUGGCCAAUAAUCCAUCUUGGAUCGAUAACGAUGUCAAUGAUAUAUUUGAAUUUGAAAAGACAAUUUCAAAAUUUCAUUGGAACAGUGCUGAACAACGAGCACGUGACAAUGAAACUGUUCGAACAACCAUUGCAGAUCUGGCACUCACAUUCAAUACUACUUCAUUUGACUUUACCGAUUAUCUUCGUCGAGCUUAUCUAUUGGGUAAUGUUACUCUACUUGAUAGUGAUAUCGUUUUUGUGCAUGAACUCGAAUAUUUGCUUAAUGUUUCCGCUAUUGUUAUUCAAACAUCUCCACGUAUUCUACAAAAUUAUAUGAUUUGGCGUUUCAUAAUGAAUCGAGUAAGCAAUAUGCCACAACAAUAUCGUAUUUUUCGAGACCGUUUCGAGCGAGUUCUUCGAGGAACAAGCGCCGAAUCACCACGUACAAUUCUAUGUGGUGCUUAUGUGAAUAGUAACAUGGGUUUUGCGGUCUCGAAGCUCUAUUUAAAGCGUUAUUUUGAUGCGAAUGCUCGUAAUCAGGUACGAAUAAGCAAAGAAUUUCAAUUUGAUAAGCUUUUCUCAUAUGUAGUCAUUCGACAUGAUCAACAAUAUUCAAGCUGCAUUCAUUGGUAUGCUCAAUCAAACUACUUGGAUGGACGCUGA